ACGUAGACUGUGCUGUACGUGUGUACAACAUAACGCAAAUUGUUGGCAGUUUCUCGGAAUUUCACCUUAUGAGAGAUAAAAUACGGUAGUCUAUCAAAUUGGCGGCAUUAUAACGGCUUAACGUGAAACGGAGGUGUUUGCCAGUUGAGAUUGCUGUUUAUGAUACUCAACUCACCCGAAAACACGCUGAGAACAACAAAGAAGCAAAAUGAUUUCGGAGAGCAUCAAGGUGAUGAGAAAGGUGCUGCAAGGUCUUCGAGCAGACGAAGACUUUUACAACCGCCUCAGUCACCGAUGGACGGUUUUGAUUCUGGUGGUCUUUUCUUUGUUUGUCAACAUGAAGCAGUACGCAGGGUCCCCCAUCAUAUGCUGGGUUCCGGAUAAAUUUACCAGCGCAUGGAAAAAAUACACGAAUCAGAUGUGCUUCAUAGAACCCAUGUACUUCAUUCCAUUUCAAGAGAGGAUACCAGAUCCUGAAUUACCAACACCACAUUUUACAUAUUACAUUUGGAUUCCCCUCGUGCUUCUCGUACAAGCGGCCAUGUUUUAUGCUCCUCGCGUCGUCUGGCGUUUGAUGUGUGGUUCGGCUGGAAUAAAUAUCAGGAGCAUAAUACUAUUAUUAGAAAAAGAAACUAUGAACAAUGAAAAAAGAAAAAAUAAUGUUGAUCUCGUCUGCAAAUACAUUGAACGUUUUCUUGGUCGAUGUAGAAAGUACAAAAUUGACUGUAAAGGGUAUGUGAGACGCAUACUUAUUGGCUACUGGUGCUUUUGUGUCGGACGCGCCAAGGGCAAUUAUCUCUUCUUCUUGUUCCUCUGGUGCAAGGUGCUCUACGUUUUAAAUAUAAUAGGACAGAUGUUUUUACUGAACUGGUUUCUAAGCACCGACUUCCAUUCCUAUGGCACUGAGAUAAUAGCAGACUUCAUGCAAUGGCGGGACUGGACUGAAACUUCACGAUUCCCCAGGGUUAUUCUUUGUAACCUGAAGAUCCGCGUCUUGGGUGGAAACAUCCAUCGUCAUACAGUCCAGUGUGCGCUGCCUGUGAACUAUUUCAACGAAAGAAUCUAUUUGUUUAUUUGGUUUUGGUUUCUGUUGUUGACCAUUGCCACAAUCAUGGGGUUUUUCAUAUGGGUCAGUUUAGCAUUUCAGAGGGAAAGGCAAUAUUUCGUCAGGAAUUGCCUUAAAAUAAAGGGACUUCUUAAACCGGGCAGUAAACCGGACAAAAAUGAUCUCAACGAGUUUGUCAGAGACUUCCUAAGACUGGACGGAGCGUUCAUUUUAAAACUCAUGGCCAGAAACACAAAUGACAUCGUUGUGGCAGAUAUUGUUUGCAAACUUUUUAAGCGAUUCCAAACGAAAAAAUACAAAAACAACAAUGGUGAUAUUACAGACCCUACCAACACCACUGUAAAUGGAGGCAUACGAAAUGGAGGACAUCUGAAAGAAGUCUAGUGAUAGCAUAAACAUACGUUAAAAAGAGACAACAGGAACUCGUUUAAUACUUAAUUAAUUUGUAUACAAUUUCCACUUUAUUUCUGGUUUAAAAUGCACCGAGUGUUCACUGUGUGGAUGAUUUUUAAUAUUAGGGUAAUGUUACUUAACGGCUGUAAAUUCACCUUUCCACUGAGUGAAAACAUUUGAUAAUUUCACAGUUUGGUCACAGUUUGAUGUUAGAGUUUACUUUAGAGUCUACAGACUUCACAGCACUGAUUCAGUUCAGGUGAAAUCAAGAUAAUUGUGAAACCCGGUUCAUUUCAUAAAUAACGAAUCUUUCAGGUCACUUAAGAAAAGACAAG